GAUAGAGAAAGAGAUCCUCCUGACAGAUGGAGGUAAAAGGGGAGGAGCAGAGAGCGAGAGCGUUGAAGGGAGGAGGAUGAAGGGCUGGGGGUCAGGUACACAGACAGACCUCAGCAUCCAUGGUGCCUGCUCAGACAGCUGAAGUCAAAGGAUCCAAGGAGUGAUGCAGGAUUACAGGCAUACCCCUCUCUUCAUCUUCAUCUUCAUCGUAUUUUAUGGAACUGGCCAGUCCAUGCAAAGAGCAGGUCUGACCUGUGUGAAUGACUACGUGACGAACAUUUCGUGCGUGUGGUGGAACUCUACAGAUUUCUCCGGCCAGCAAUGUGAGCUUGUGGGGAAAAGUGAUACAAAAAGAUCAUGUGAGCUGGUGCCACUGAGCAGUCAAAAACAUCAUAAGAGAAGUUGUUCUUUGAAUUUUCACAGUCGUAACUUUUUUUUCAAGAACAAAAUCUGGUUGAAUGUAACCUGUAAUGGAUCUGCCAUUUUUGAACUGCAUUAUCAUCCUGCCAGACACAUUAAGACACAACCACCAGAUAAGCCCACUGUAGGCGGGGACAACAUAACUUGGAGUACAGGCUUUAACUUUCCAAAAUUCCUAAACUCUUAUGAAUCUCAGCUGCAGUUUAAAGCCGCAAAUACAAACUGGGAGAUGGCAGCAUAUAUGAAUAUCUCUCAUGGAAGAUACGUGCAGCUGGACGUUAAUAAACUGACUGUAGGAGAAGAGUACCAGGCCAGGGUACGUGUGAAGCCUGUUGAGCCCCUAAAUCAUGGUUAUCUUCGGGGGGAAUGGAGUGACUGGAGUCCUGCUGCGUCCUGGAGGUCUGAGAUUGGGCUGCCAGUGAAAUCAGGAAACGAUGCAUCUUCACCAGUCGCUGAUGAUUCUGUUGUUCUGAUCAUUGGAUUCCACAUAUUGAUUGUUAUUGCUGUUUUUUGUUUGGGCAUCUAUAAGUCAAAGAAAAGCAGACGAUCAUUUAAACCGAACAAUCUACAUGUACCAGACCCCUCCAAAUACUUCCAGCCUCUUCACACGGUUCAUGGUGGAAACUUCCGGAAAUGGCUGGGCUGUCAGAAUUCUGUCGGGCCGUUUCUUACCCCUCAGUCAUGUGACGAUAUCUCACCUGUGGAGGUCUCAGACUUUUGGGACGUGUCAUUGAUGGAUCGAAAUGCUCGGAUGUCUGCUACCGCGCUCAUUCGCUCCAAUCAAAUGGACUCUGGACUGGACAACAGCGGCACUAGUCGUCGAUCAUCAUCUGGUAUCUCUAACAUGGGCUACUUCUAUAGCAAAUCCAACACAGGCUCUCUUCACCUCGAAACCUGCCCCGUCUACUUUACCUACCACCCUGAGGAAGGCUCAAGCUCCACUCUCUCGUUCCCUGGGUCUUCAUACGAAUGUCUGCAAACCCCAAGUUACCAGACGGAACAGCCCAUGAGCCCAGAUUCAGGGUUCGACAUGCCUGAAGAGGACGACCAAGAUCAUGAAGACAUCAGCGGCGCGGAGAGAUGUGCGGCUGAAGGACAUGCGCUGGUUUCCUUCAUUAUGUCGCUGUCACAGGGUUCCCAUGAUGCAGUUCACCUAGCAGAGCGUUUCACUCCAGCGCCCGUCGUCACACCGUGGUCUGAACCUGUGAGAGCAUCUAGUUACGUUUCCAGCUCUGAAUCUGCAGAGGGCGCUGGGAUCAGACCCUCCUCCAUGAUUGAGCCCAGCGGCAGUGGAUAUCUGACCCUGAAGGAGAUGCAGAAAUACAGCAACAAAUCCAUCUGAACAGAGGCCUAGUCCAUUUCUGUCUAUGUGUAUAAGUGAGACCAGGGUAGAAUAAAACUCAGGUCAGGUUUAUUUUUGAAAAUCAGUUUCUGUACAGACAGAUAGAGUACAGUUCAAAUGUUUGGGGUCAGUAAAUGUUUUUGGGAGAAGCCUCUAGCAUUCACAUGUAUGUACAUAAAAUGUAAUUUAUUCCUGUAAUUUCCAGCAGCUAUUAGUCUUCAGUGUCACACGAUCCUUCAGAAGCAUUUUUAUUAGUAUCACUGUUGAAAACAGUUUAUAUUUUAGUGGACACCGUCUUCUAUUUUUUCCCCAGGAUUCUGUAAUGAAAAUACGUUUAUUUGAAAUAGAAAUCCUUUGUAACAUAAAUGUCUUUACUGUCACUGUUGAUCUGUGGAAUGCGUCCUUGCUGAAUAAAAGUAUUAAAAUGUGCUGACCCCAAACUUUUAAAUUUGUAG